UCUGGUAACUUCAAAGUCGCCUCCUUCGCUGUACUCGUGUAGUGGCAAAGUUAGCGAGCAGUCUCCGUCUUUUCGCUCGAUAAAAAUGGCUGCUGCCAGUGAAACCAUCCUGCAGGCGCUUGUUUUGGAUUAUCUUUCCCGGAAAGAUAAAACCCUUGCGGAAGUGUACCAGAAGAAAUUCAAAUCGCCCGUCAUCGGUAAAGGAUCUCCACGUUUAGAAGAUGUUAUCAAGCAGUAUCAGACAACUGGUACCAAGAAAGUGUCGGUAACUAAGCCAACGGCAGAAUCCAGCUCUGAAGAUUCCUCAGAUGAAGAGGAAGAACAGGCACCGAAGAAGACGGUUGCUAACGGCAAACCAGCGGCAAAUGGCAAAGCAGCAGUCAACGGCAAUGGUGUCAAGAAGGAUUCUUCCAGCUCCGAAGACAGUUCCGAAGAAGAAGCCGCCCCGAAGAAAGCCCCUGUGAAAGCCACACCGGCCAAAACACCCGCCAAGGCUCCGGUCAAGGCUCAAAAGAAAGAAUCCAGCAGUGAUGAUUCUUCCUCAGAAGAAGAGGAACAGAAACCGGCGGCCAAAACUCCGGUAAAGCCUCAAGCUAAGACGCCAGCGAAGGCAACACCGGUUGCUAAGAAAGCCCAAGAAUCCAGUAGUGAUGAUUCAUCUUCUGAAGAAGAAACGCCCGCUCCUGCAAAAACCCCAGUAAAAGUUCCCUCAGCAAAGGCAGCUCCUGUUAAGGCGACACCAGUAGCCAAGAAACAGGAGUCUUCCAGUGAAGACAGUUCUUCCGAAGAAGAGGAACAAGCUGCAAAGACACCAGCAAAGCCUACCCCAGCCAAGGUCCCAGCUAAGGCAACACCGGCACCGGCCAAGAAGAAGGCCGAAACCAGUGACAGCGAAUCAGACUCAGAUGACUCCGAAGCGGCGAGUACCCCGGCCAAGACACCAGCAAAGGCGUUACCGGCCAAGGCUACCCCUGCUGCCAAGAAGGUUCCAGUCAAGAAGGAAGAAUCGUCUGACAGCAGCUCCGACGACGAUGAAGAAGAUUCCAAACCAGCAGUUGUCAAGAAACCAGCACCAGCUAAAGCUGUAGUGGCGAAGGAAGAAUCCUCCGACGAUUCAAGCUCCGAGGAAGAAACUCCAGCAGUGAAGCCCCUAGUAAAAAAACCUGCUGCAGCCCAGGCGAAAAAGCAAGAAUCUAGUGAUGAUUCUUCAUCGGAAGAAGAAGAAGCACCACCAAAGAAAGCUGCUGUAACCCCAGCUGCCAAGCGACCAGCCCCGGCUAAAAAACAAGAAUCAUCGAGCGAAGAUUCCAGCGAGGAGGAGGAGGAACAACCACCAGCGAAAAAGCCGGCUGCUGUAACUCCCGCCAAGAAAAAGCAGGAAUCAUCGAGUGAAGAUUCGUCGGACGAGGAACCGGAAGAGAAACCUGCCGUAGCAACGCCGGCCAAGGGCAAGGCAACCCAGAAGAGAAAGGCGGAUGAAGAGGAAGACGAGGAGGAUGAAGAUGCUGAAGAGGAAGAGGAAUCCCAGCAACCACCGGCCAAGAAAGCCAACUACAGCAACUUCGUCAAAGCCGGAGAAGGAAAUAAGAAUAAGUUCUCGACACCAACCAAUAAAAAUAAUCAGUCAUUCCAAAGCAAUGGAAAUGGCAGCAGUAACAAAAAGUUUACAAACAGUGACGAAAAGCGUGGAGUGGAUCGGUUCCGUCGAAUCAAGGAAGAACACAUUUCUAUCGAUGACCGACUGCGGGAUAAUUCAUUUGAUGCCAAGCAACAAUUCAUCAGUUUUGCGAAGGAUGCAGAUUACAAUGAAGAAAAGCUUUGCGCGGAUGGAAAGCAUUGGAAAUGUCUAAUCUGUCAAAAGAGUACAUCAAACGAUCAAAAGAGAUGUGCCCAUUGCAAAACCUUGAAGGCGUUAGCUGCAUCGAAAAAAUCCUUGAAUGAAAGCUGGGCGUGCUUGACAUGUUCAAGCUUGAACUUUUACAGUAAUAAGAAAUGUGUCAUAUGUCAAGAAGAUAAUCCCAAUUACUCGGGAAUUCGCCUUAAGGGAGACUGGGAUUGUCACAUUUGCGACACCCUUAAUUACUCCAAACGAAAAGAAUGUUUAAAGUGUGGUAAAGAGAAGCCGAAACACCUCACCUGGCAUUGUGACGAUUGCAAAAUUGAUAAUUUCAAUCAUCGGUUUCGUUGCAUGAAGUGCAAAAAACCUAGAAAAGUUUGGAUAUGUGUCUCGUGUAAUGCAAAUAAUGACGCUAAGAAUUCGAAAUGUUCAAAUUGUCAAAAAGAAGCAAAUUUCUCUGAUCCAACGCGAAAAACACAUAGAGAAAAAGUACCACGAAAAUCAGUGAAACCCAAGCCGGGUGAUUGGAAGUGCAAAAAAUGCAAUAAAAACUAUUUUGCAAGAAAUUUAAAAUGUACCAUUUGCCUCGAAUUAAAGCCCAUUUAAAAAGACAACGAUUCAACAUGAUAGCGGAUCGAGGAUGACACGUUCUUGACAUUGUAAACAGCGUUUAAUAUAUUGAGUUUUAUGUUUUUU